CUGUUGCAUUGCGAGUUGUCUCCCUGGUCGCUCACUCCUAAUUCCCCCGCCCUCCAAAUAACUGUCGUCGCCCACGAGAUUUACCUGAAUUAGUGUACACUAACCUUUCUUUCCUCGGCGUGCCCCGUUCCUCGAUCCUACACUCUUCCGGCAUCGCGAACUCGUCGUCUCUUGAAUGUAUCCGUUAUACAAACUUUCCUCAUUAACUUCCGUUGCGACGAGCCGUGCGACCGGUCGAAGGGUCUUUGGACACGAGGCAUUUGACUUGUUCGUCCACCUGUCGUACUCGCCGUUGACACCAACCGAAGAUGAGGAUAGGCUGCCUUCAGUUCGCUCCCCAAGUGGGCGAUAUCGACAAUAAUCUCAACCGUGCCGACUCUGUUUUGAGCAAGGCGGAUACGGACGAUCUCGAUCUUCUUGUACUGCCUGAGCUGGCUUUCUCGGGAUACAACUUCAAGUCGUUGCAGCACAUUUCGCCCUUUCUCGAGCCAUCAGGCUCCGGUAUCACUUCCUUGUGGGCUCGAACCACAGCCCUCAAGUACAACUGCAAUGUCGUCGUUGGAUAUCCCGAGAAGGUCGAUGUUUCGAACCAGUGGCCUACUGGCCCUGAAUACUACAACUCUGCUAUUGUAGUCAACGGAGAUGGAGAAACGAUCGCAAACUACCGGAAAAGCUUCCUCUACUACACUGAUGAGACAUGGGCACUCGAGGGUAACAGAGGGUUUUAUGAGGGUUGGAUCCCCGGACUUGGAAACACCUCCAUCGGCAUCUGCAUGGAUCUGAACCCUUACAAGUUCCAAGCCCCGUGGCAUGCGUUUGAGUUCGCUUUCCACAUCCUCGAAUAUGAUUCAAACUUGGUUAUCAUUUCGAUGGCGUGGAUGACUCGGGAAGAUGGUCGUCUGUUCAGUCGGAUGCCAAAUGAACCAGACAUGGACACGUUGACGUACUGGGUUACUCGUCUGGAACCUCUGAUUCGAUCAGAGAAUGAGGAGGAGAUCAUUGUCGUCUUCUGCAAUCGCACUGGUAAUGAGGAUGAUGCAGUAUACGCAGGCACGAGUGCAGUCAUUGGGAUCCAGGGUGGCGAGGUUAAGAUCUACGGACUCCUCGGCCGUGGCGAAAAGGAACUCCUGGUCAUUGAUACCAAUAAUGCGCCGUAUGCGAAGCUGGUAUACCGUCCAGAGCCCGAGAGGCCAUCUGCCGUACACUCCGAGUUGCAACAGUCCGGAAACAAUCCCUCAACACCAGCGGCAAAUGCGUCAAAGACCAACGUCACCCCCGACCAAACCGGCUUCUGUUUCCGCCUCUUCUCAUCAGUCGCCAAAGAGAUUGCCAGCGUCAAAGCAAACGAAGUCGCCGCCAGCGAGGAUCCAAAUACCACCUACCGACUCCUCCGCCGGAGUUCACUUUCGAGGCAUCUCAGCGAAGUCCACGGAUUCUAA